AUGGAGACAGUGAAAAUUAAUGUGGGGGGCUCGGUAUUUGAAACAUCGGCUGUGACUCUCUCUCGAUACCCAAAUACUUUACUGGGAAGACUAACAAAACAAUCGAAGUUCUACGACAGCACAAGACAGUCUUAUUUCUUCGACAAAAAUCCUAACGUAUUUCUAUCAAUUUUGGAUUUGUAUCGUACGGGCACCCUACACUUUCCUUCGUUCUAUUGCAGCACCGUAAUAAAACAGGAACUGGAAUUUUGGGAGCUUUCACCCAAUAUGCUUUCAGAUUGUUGUCUACAACAAUAUAUCCAAUCAGAGGCCGACAUCCAGACGACACAGAAAUUAAGGCAGACGUUUGAAGAAUAUGAACUGGAUUACACUGAAGAGGAAUGUCGUACAAGUCAAGUCAAAAGAAUUCUCAGGAAGAUAUGGCUGACAUUGGAAGAACCAUCGUCAUCAAGAUUAGCUAAGGUUUUUAAUUACAUCUUCAUGAUUUUUGUCAUCGUUUCUAUGGUAACGUUUGUCAUGAAAUCACAUCCGUCAUUCAGAGAGGAAACCCUUACCUAUAACGAACUUUUGUUCGUUAUUGCAUACAGAGAUAUCCGCUUUUUUAAAGAACUCAACUUGGAGAAUCCCAAAGAAGUUAUGAUGGGGACAACAGAACCCAAGCAAGCAUUAAGGCUAAGUGAUAUCCUCACCUCUGCCUUCUUCUCGGCUGAAUUAUUUUUCCAUUUUAUAUCCUGUCCAAGAAAAAUCAAAUUUUUUCGAUCUCCUUUGAAUAUCAUUGAUCUUUUUCUGGUUUUUGCAAUGUGGAUUACAUAUGCCCUCGAUCAAGAAAUGGAUAUCCUAUUAAAAAAUAAUGAACUUUUACAAUUUUAUAUUGCGAUGAAAUCCCUGUUAAUUUUGCGGCUAUUUCGGGUGUUUAGACUGAUGAAGCUGUACUCCGGUUUGCGAAUAAUGAUGAUGUCAAUACGAGCUAGCUUUAAAGACCUUCUUCUUCUCUCCAUGACGUUUCUUAUUACUUCACUAUUCUUUGCAAGUUUUAUCUACUAUGCUGAAUUCCACGUGGCAGACACCUUCUCGGAUAUUUUCAUCGGGAUAUGGUGGUCAGUGAUUACAAUGACAACCGUGGGGUACGGAGACAUGUUUCCAAAGUCUACAUUUGGCUACAUUGUUGGAGGAGUGUGUGCAUUCUCUGGAAUGCUUAUUUUGGCCAUGCCUGUAGCUAUCUUCGCUACAAACUUCAGCGAUUUCUAUCACAAAAACAAAUUGCGCGAGACAAGAAAUUCGCUGCUACACAAUAAAACUAAAAAAGUUGAAACUUUAAGAAACUGCACUGUUUACCCACUUGACUCCUAUAAAAACUCUCCUGCUAUCAUACGGUGA